GUCUCACUUGAUGCAGCAAAAGUUAUAAAUGUAACUCCUAGAUAUGCCCGUUUACGGGCAGGUGCAAAUGGCUCUGCAAAAGGAGAAAUUAUUGGGUGGGAGAACAUAGAACUUAUCAGUGAUAGGCCACUUGAAACCAUGUUGAAAGAAUUCAAGCAAUUGAAAGAAGAGUAUCCAGACAGAAUUCUGAUUGCUUCAAUCAUGGAGGAGUACAAUAAGGCUGCUUGGGAGGAGCUUAUCGAUCGAGUCGAGCAAACUGGAGUUGAUGCAAUCGAAAUAAAUUUCUCAUGUCCUCACGGUAUGCCAGAACGCAAAAUGGGUGCUGCUGUUGGCCAAGAUUGUGCUCUUCUGGAAGAGGUUUGUGGAUGGAUAAAUGCUAAAGCCACAAUUCCUGUUUGGGCUAAGAUGACUCCCAAUAUAACUGAUAUUUCACAGCCAGCAAGGGUUUCUCUAAGUUCAGGAUGUGAGGGAGUAUCUGCCAUAAAUACAAUCAUGAGUGUCAUGGGAAUCAAUCUCAAUACAUUACGUCCAGAGCCUUGUGUUGAGGGGUACUCAACUCCUGGGGGGUAUUCUGCAAAGGCAGUCCAUCCCAUAGCACUUGGGAAGGUGAUGACAAUUGCAAAGAUGAUGAAGUCAGAGUUUGACAGUGAGAACUAUUCACUUUCUGCCAUUGGUGGUGUUGAGACAGGCGGAGAUGCAGCUGAAUUUAUUCUUCUUGGGGCAAACACUGUUCAGGUGUGCACUGGGGUUAUGAUGCAUGGCUAUGGUCUUGUGAAGAAACUAUGUCUUGAGCUUAAAGACUUCAUGAAAAAGCACAAUUUCACAACAAUAGAAAACUUCAGAGGGGUUUCUCUUGAGUACUUUACUACUCACACUGAGUUGGUGAGAAGGCAGCAAGAAGCAAUUCAGAAGAGAAAAGCCAUAAAGAAAGGCUUGCAAUCUGACAAAGACUGGACUGGAGAUGGUUUUGUGAAAGAAAGUGAAAGUAUGGUAUCUAACUGAAAUCUUCAGCCAAAUCAAGCAUCAUGCAACCUUUCUUUUACAAUUUUUCAUUAUCAUGCAAAUGAGGAGGUGAAGCACAUUAUCCUUUGUUAUUAAUCAUGGAUAUUUAUCUUCCCAAGAACAUUAGAAUGUAUUAUGUCAGAAAAUAAAGGAAGUAUUUUUAACAAAA